CAACUAGUGAAGGCUCACUUUUUGGUCAUACAAAUUAGAAACAAAUACGAAUUUUGACUAAAAUAAAAUAAUAUCAGCGAAUAUGUCGGCUACACCAAAAUUUCAGCGUGUAAUUUUUGAGUUGAAACAAAAAUUUAUGUGGAAGGUUGGAUCGUCAACGGACGGUUCUAAAUAUACGACAAUUUCGUGAUGGACAAGCUUUCAUCGUAACACUCAAGACCACUACCAAUGAUUUUGCAUGCGGCAUUCUGAAUCUUUGGUUAGUUUUGCACUUCAAGAAUUUGUGUUUUCUAGGAGUUGAACCCCAAACCUAGAGUAACAAUAUUAAUCCUUGAAUCUUGAUCAACUACUGGACCAUGGGGAUUUCCAUGUUUCCUCUGAUAUCUUAUACAACUUCUUAUUAUUAUUCUUGGUUUUAGUCUUUUAGAUAUUCAUUUUUACCUUACCAUCAUAUUAUCAUAUGUAAUAUUAUGAAGACAAGUACUCUCUUCAUUGUUGUUAACAGAUAAGAUUUUGUUUUUUAAAACACUUGUUAAUUUCUCGCAACUCUCUCUAUCAAAUGAUUUUGUACCGGUAAGGAAAUAUUCUCAAUUAUUUCUUUAUUCAAUUCUUUAAUCUUAUAAUGAGUUGACUAUGAAUUUUGAUCAUAUAGUUGUAUGCAUAGUUUGGUAUCGUAAAAACAAAAAGCUCUCAUGUGGACAGUCAGGAGAACCAUGGAGAGACAUUGUGUGUUCGUUACCAUUUUUGUGCUAAUACUUCAUCUUGUUCAAGCUCAAAAUCAAACCGGAUUCAUUAGUGUAGAUUGCGGUUUAUCCCCUCCCGAGUCACCUUACAAUGCACCUCAAACAGGUUUAACAUAUACAUCAGAUACCGGUUUAAUAAACACUGGGAAGACUGGUAGAAUCGCCAAGGAUUUCGAACCAUUCGUGGAUAAGCCGGCUUUGACAAUGAGAUACUUUCCAGACGGAAUACGAAACUGCUACAAUCUAAAUGUCACCCGCGACACCAAUUAUCUGAUCAAGGCCACCUUCGUUUAUGGAAAUUAUGAUGGGCUUAAUGUUGACCCGAACUUCGACCUUUACCUCGGUCCGAAUUUAUGGACAACGGUGAGUAGUAAUGACACGACAGAGGAGAUCAUCCAUGUGACCAAAUUCAAUUCUUUGCAGAUAUGUCUUGUUAAGACGGGAAUAAGUAUACCUUUUAUAAAUGUUUUGGAGCUCCGACCAUUGAAGAAAAAUGUAUACGCUACUCAAAGCGGUUCAUUGAAGUACUUAUUCAGGAUGUAUGUUAGCAAUUCAAGUCGUCGUAUAAGGUAACGAUCAAAUUUUUUAUCUUAUAUAUAAUCAUAUGUCUCAAUGAAUUGU